GUGGAAAGACCAAACGUGCUGUUUCACCUUCUCCUGAACUAGCUGGACUUACACCAAGGAGAAGGAUCUGAACGGGAGCAGCCACUGGGGCUUGAUUGCCACAUACAGCGGUGCUGGUUAUUACCAAGACCUCUCAAGGACCAGAGAAGUCACAGCUCUGCAGAUUGCUAGUCUCAAGCAGAACCUGUGGCUGGACAGAGGGACCAGAGCAGCUUUCAUUGACUUCUCCGUGUACAACGCAAACAUCAACCUCUUCUGUGUUGUCAGGUUGUUAGUGGAGUUUCCAGCGACUGGAGGCCUUGUGACAUCUUGGCAGUUUCAACCAGUGAGGCUGAUCCAUUACAUCUCCACGUUUGAUUUUUUCCUGGCAGCCUGUGAAAUGGCAUUUUGUCUCUUUGUUCUCUAUUAUAUGGUGGAAGAGAUCUUAGAAAUUCACAUUCAUAGACUGCACUACUUCAGGAGUCUUUGGAAUUGCCUUGAUAUCCUCAUCAUUGUGCUCUCUGUGGUAGCUAUAGGAAUCAGCAUCUAUAGGACAUCAACUGUUGAUAUGCUCCUGAAGAAGCUGCUGGAAGAUCAGAACUCAUUCCCUAAUUUUGAACCUUUGGCCUAUUGGCAAAUGCAGUUCAACAACAUCACUGCAGUCACUGUGUUUUUUGUCUGGAUCAAGGUUCUUAAAUUUGUGAACUUCAACAGGACCAUGAGUCAGUUGUCCACCACCAUGUCUCGCUGUGUCAAAGAUGUCAUUGGCUUUGCUAUUAUGUUCUUCAUUAUUUUCUUAGCCUAUGCUCAGUUGGCCUAUCUUGUCUUUGGCUCUCAAAUCGAUGACUUCAGCACUUUCCAGGACUGCAUAUUUACUCAGUUCCGCAUCAUUUUGGGAGACUUCAACUUCACAGAGGUUGAGGAAGCUAAUCGAAUUUUGGGACCCAUUUAUUUCACUACAUUUGUGUUCUUUAUGUUCUUCAUUCUUUUGAACAUGUUUCUGGCCAUUAUCAGUGAUACAUACUCUGAAGUCAAACUGGACAUGGCCCAGCAGAAGGCAGAAAUGGAACUGUCUGACCUCAUCAGAAAGGGCUACAACAAAGCCAUGAUCAAACUGAAAUUGAAGAAAACUACUGUUGAUGACAUUUCAGAAAGCCUGAGACAAGGUGGAGGCAAACUAAAUUUUGAUGAGCUGCGGCAAGAUCUGAAAGGGAAGGGGCACACAGAUGCAGAGAUUGAAGCAAUAUUUACCAAAUAUGACCAGGAUGGAGACCAGGAACUGACAGAGCAUGAACAUCAGCAGAUGAGAGAUGACCUGGAGAAAGAGAGGGAGGAUCUAGACCUGGACAGGAGCUCUCUGCCACGUCCUCUGAGCAGCCGCAGCUUCCCCCGGAGCUUGGAUGACUCUGAGGAGGAUGAGGAUGAAGACAGCGGACACAGCUCCAGGAGGAGGGGCAGCAGCUCUAGUGGGGUUUCCUAUGAAGAAUUCCAAGUGCUCAUGAGGAGGGUGGAUCGCAUGGAGCAUUCCAUCGGCAGCAUCGUGUCCAAGAUCGACGCCGUCAUUGUGAAGCUCGAAGCAAUGGAGAGAGCCAAGCUGAAAAGGAGAGAUGUGUUGGGAAGACUCUUAGAUGGAGUGACAGAGGAUGAAAGAUUGGGUCGUGACAGCGAACUCCACAGGGAGCAGAUGGAGCAGCUGGUGCGAGAGGAGCUGGAGCGCUGGGAGUCGGAUGACACAGCGUCCCAGAUGAGCCACCGCCUGGGGACUCCUCUGGGCCUCAACAGCCAACCUCGCUCCAGGAACUCCAGGCCAUCCUCUUCCCAGUCAGAUGGCAUCGAUGGGGCAGGAGGAAAUGGGGGAAAUAACAUCCAUUUGUAG